AUGUCCUUUCGUUCAAUGAGCAAGUCCGAUAGUAAUGACGCCGCUGGGUGUGAAUUAGACCCCGGAAUGAAGGCGAGAAUCUGGACGGCAAAUGAUGAAAAGCUUCAUUUGCUCUGGCUAUACCUUAGCACUAGAGAAGCAGAUAAGCCUGACCACGCCAUCGUGGCAAAAAGACUCGCAAUCACACCACAAGCAGUAGCUCGGCGCUACGUACAGAUCAAGGAAGAGAUGGUCAAGAUGGAUCAGUUCAUGGCUUCUUCAAUCGAAGCAAGGAAAAAGCUCGACUAUGGGGUUAAGUUGGGACAGAUCAGCGAGAUCCUCAAAGAACUUGACUGGGUUUUCUCAAAAGGCGAGGUGCUACGUUAG